GGUCGGAUCUGCCCAGCCGAGGAGCAGAGACAUUGGCCGGAUGGAAAACCCAUAAAAGAAAGCUCUUCUGAAAAGCUGAGACAGACAAGAACUUCCGCAAACUCAGAUGUAUUUGGGCUGCCUGACCGCCUUGGGUGAUUGCUAUUAAUUAACAGACUUUGUGGGGAGAAGGGAGCUUGCCUUCUGAGCUCUGAACCAAGGAUCUGGGAAAAAUUGCAAAUUAUAAACUAUUUCCUGCACCAUUGCUGACGCCCAGUGAUCCAUGUCAGAAGUACUUCCAGGUGACUCAGGUGCAGACACCUUGGCAGUGUUUAUGGCCAGCAGCGGAACCACAGAGGUUGCAAAUCAGAACAGCCCAGCCACACCACCAAACACCAUUAAUCUCCGUUCUUCACACAAUGAACUGCUGAAUACUGAAAUAAAACACUCAGACACCAAGAACAGCACACCUCCCAAAUGCAGGAAAAAAUGCACUAACAUCCAGGCGGCAAUGGGCCUCUGGGAUCCGGCUGCACAGCCCCUCCUGGGAAACGGCUCAGCCAACAUUGAGCUGGUGAAAAAUGGGGAGAACCAACUCUGAAAGGCUGCUGAGCAAGGGCAGCAGGACCCCAACAAAAACAUCAGCCCUGCGGCAGUCAUCAAUAUAACUUCUGAGAAGUUAGAAGGUAAAGAGCCCCACCCACAGGAUUCCUCCAGCUGUGAGAUUUUACCCUCCCAGCCCAGGAGAACUAAGAGCUUCCUAAAUUACUAUGCAGACCUGGAAACCUCAGCCAGAGAACUGGAGCAGAACCUUGGCAACUGCCAUGGGGUCGGGGAAGAGAAAGCCCAGCCAGGCCAGGGCCAGGCCCCUGCUGCCAUCAUGGGGAAUGGUGACUUGCUGCUGCAGAAACCAAACAAACCCCAGUCCAGCCCGGAAGACGGGCAAGUAGCCAUAGUGUCCUCCAGCCUAGAGUCCAAAAAGGAUCAUCCUAAGACAGGAGCCAAAACCGACUGUGCACUCCACCGGAUCCAGAACCUGGCGCCAAGCGAUGCGGAGUCAAGCUGGACAACAUUGUCCCAAGACAAUGCUUCCCCCAGCUCCCUGGAUGAAUCAGCAGAUAUCUGGAGUGAUCAGUCAUUUCAGACAGAUCCAGAUUUGCCGCCUGGCUGGAAAAGAAUCAAUGACAUCGCUGGGACCUAUUACUGGCACAUCCCAACAGGAACAACUCAGUGGGAACGGCCUGUCUCCAUCCCCACAGAUAUCCAGGGUUCUAGGAAAAGGUCACUUAGCUCUGUAAUGCCAUCUCCCACCCCAGAGAAUGAGGAUUUGCAUGCAGCCACAGUUAAUCCAGACCCCAGUUUAAAAGAGUUCGAAGAAGCAACGCUACGUUAUGCAUCUUUGAAACUCAGAAAUGUCCAUCAUGCUGAUGAUGAUGAUUCUUGUAGUAUCAACAGUGACCCAGAAGCCAAGUGUUUCACUGUGCGCUCUCUGGGAUGGGUAGAGAUGGCAGAGGAGGACCUCGCCCCUGGUAAAAGCAGCGUUGCUGUCAACAACUGCAUCAGGCAGCUCUCUUACUGCAAAAAUGACAUCCGAGAUACAGUUGGCAUUUGGGGAGAAGGCAAAGACAUGUACCUGAUACUGGAGAACAACAUGCUCAGCCUGGUCAACCCCAUGGACCGCACAGCGCUGCACUCACAGCCCAUCAUGAGCAUCCAUGUGUGGGGCGUGGGCCGCGACAAUGGCCGGGAUUUUGCUUAUGUAGCAAGAGAUAAAGAUACCAGAAUUUUGAAAUGUCAUGUAUUUCGAUGUGACACACCAGCAAAAGUCAUUGCCACAAGUCUCCACGAAAUUUGUUCCAAGAUUAUGGCUGAACAGAAGAAUGCAAAAGCCCUGGCCUGCAGCUCCUUUCAGGAGAGGACCAGUGUGAAUCCCGAAGUCCCUUUGCAAGUAGAUUUUCCAAUGCCAAAGACUGAACUGGUCCAGAAGUUCCACAUGCAGUACUUGGGCAUGUUACCUGUCGACAAACCAGUUGGAAUGGACAUCCUGAACAAUGCCAUAGAAAGUCUAAUGACCUCAUCUAACAAGGAGGAUUGGCCAUCAGUGAACAUGAAUGUGGCCGAUGCCACUGUGACGGUCAUCAGUGAAAAGAAUGAAGAGGAGACCUUGGUGGAGUGCCGGGUGUGAUUCCGGUCCUUCAUGGGUAUCGGGAAGGAUGUCCACACGUUUGCCUUCAUCAUGGACACUGGGAACCAGUGCUUUGAGUGCCACGUGUUCUGGUGCGAGCCCAAUGCUGGUAAUGUGUCGGAGGCGGUCCAGGCCGCCUGCAUGUUACAAUAUCAGAAGUGCUUGGUAGCCCGGCCACCUUCACAGAAAGUUCGACCACCUCCUCCGCCUGCAGACUCAAUGACCAGAAGAGUCACAACCAAUGUAAAACUAGGAGUCUUAUUCCUCAUUGACACUUUGAAACAGAAACUUCCUGUCACAGAAACACCCUAGUUGCAUAUGUUAUAGGACUGUCAUCUUUACCUGAAGAUGGAGUAGCUUAAAAAAAAACAAAAAAAGAACUGAUCUCGGCCUUCCAUUCCGUUGCUGAUGCUUUGUCUUCAGAGAAUUCAUCUGUACCUGAGCAGUGUUAGACAGGCAUGUUCUCUCGUCUUGCCACCAUCUUGUGCUAUGAAAAGAAGCAUGAAUCUUUUUUUUUUUU